AUGGGCCAGUGCAACUGCCGCAAGAAGCGCAAGGUCCACGACUGCCAGGAGCUCACUGAUGUGGAGCGGGCCAUUGAGACCGUCAUCAACCAGUUCCACUGCUAUGCAGUGAAGGGGCAGAAGGAGUACCUGACGCCCAACGAGAUGCAGGAGCUGGUGGUCCAGAAGCUGCCCCACCUGGGGAAGUGUGUUGGACCGCUGGAUGAGAAGAUCGAAUGCAUGGGAGACCCUGACGAGGCCAAGCUGGAGUUUGGAGAGUACUGGGACAUGAUGGGGGAUGCGGCCAAGGGCUGCCGGAGGAAGUAG